AUGGCAGCCAGCUUCAUCCGUGUGCGCCUCCACUUUGACUACGCCCCUCCUGCGGUGGUGGGAUGCCGCAUGUGCUGGUUGCUGGUGGACCUCCGCUGCUGCCGUGUGGUGGCCGACCUGGAGGGCAUGAUCCGGGACCGGUUCGACCUGAGCCCGGGAAGCGUGCUCCGCCUCUUCAUAGAGGACUGCUACCUGCCCCACACCGAGAGCAUCCUCCUGGUCCGCGAUAACGACUGCGUGAGAGUACAGGUUGACAGUAUCUCAAAAACGUCAACGCAGACGUCCCCAGAAGCUGCCAGCGGAAGCAAAAGCAAGCGACACAGACCCGCAGAAGAUCCAACAGAAGCCGGAGCCACUUUGGAAUUUAAGAAGAAAAAGCGGAAAAAGAGUUGUGUUGUGGAGAGCCCCGCGGUGACUGUUCUGCCAGAGCCAGAAAAGAUGCUCGCAAAGACACAGAAGAAGAAGAAGAAGGAAAAGGAGUCAAAACGCACUCCCCCUGCUUCUGCCAACGCACUUUCAAAUGUCAAGAAGUCCACAAAAAGUCCACUCAAACCGAAACAGAAGCCGAAAAGUAGUAGUUCUUCAAGUUCAAGCAGCAGUGAAGACGAACAACCAGUGAAAAAAACUCCAAAGUCUGUAUCCAAACCUGCCCCGACCAAAGCACAGGCAACCCCCAAACCGCUCACAAACGGAGGCCCGGCUUUGAAAAAACUGCCUCGUCCUUCAUCCUCCUCUUCAUCAGACACAGACUCCACCUCGGAGGAUGAGAAAGCCGCUAAAUCUGCAAAACCAAAGCCACAAACUGAAGUUAGCGCCACGACCACAAACGGGACGAAUGGCAACGAGGAGGAGGAAAUCGAGCUGGUGAUCAAGAAACCACUACAGCAUCCGAAAGGACGCAUCAUGCUGGGGCAGCAGCAGCAGCAGUGGCAGCGGCCUGGGGGAAGAGGGAGAGGCAGGGGAGAAGGAGGAGGAGCAGGGAGAGGAGAAGGCAGAGGAAGAGGGGAGAGGCCCGGACCCAGGGAAGAGGGGGGGAGUGCAGGCAGAGGGCGGGGCAGGUGUGUCCAGUACGACUACAACGAGAAGGAGCGAGCCAAGAGACCGGCAGCGUACGGAGAGGACCAACUCCACAACGUGUCUGUGGUUCUGCAGAACGGCUCUGAGAGUCUUCCUAGACCGGACUACAGCACCAUGCCGCUGCUCGCGGGGCCUCCACAGGUUGGUCAGAAGAUCGCCUUUAAGCUGCUGGAGCUGACGGAGAACUACACACCAGAGGUAUCGGGUUAUAAAGAGGGCAGGAUUCUGGGUUUCGACCCCAGCACUAAACAGAUCGAGCUGAAACUUCUCACGUCGUCACAAGCCCCAGUGGAACCUGGGAAGUUUGACCUGGUUUAUCAGAACGCAGACGGCUCCGAGAGCGUGGAGUACGCUGUGGAUCGAGGCUCACUCGUAACAGAGAGACGCGGGGACGUGGAUGUGGAGGAUGUGGAGGAUGGAGCAGUCCGCAUCCAGACCCAGACCAGGGCCCUUCUAAUCCCGCAGAGCACAGCGUCCAGCCCGGGCCCUCACAGCGCCAUGGAGACCCAGCAGGAGCGGGAGCAGCUCCUCCAGGUGCUCCGGAGGCUCAAGGAGGUCUUCGACAUGUGUGACCGCGACGCAGACGGCUUCAUCCGGGUGGAGCGUCUCGUCAACAUCGGUCUGCAGUUCGGACAAGGAGACGAGAUCAAAAAAAUGAGCAGUUUGUUGGAUCCAAACGCUCUCGGGAAAAUCAACUUCAAAGACUUCUGCCACGGAGUGUUCGCCAUGAAAGGAUGUGAGGACAUCCUGAAGAUGCCGCUGACGUCUCGUUCCUCUGUCACCGACAACGGAUACAUUUACCAGAACGGCGAGGCCAAGCUGGGGCCUCCUCACAUUGUGUUCAGCUCUGAGCUCACACGCCAGCGACGGCCCUCUCCCGGCAGCAGCUCGGCCUCUGUUCUCUCUGGAGAGGAGCAGUUUGAGGAUUAUGGUGAAGUGGAGGACGUGGAGUUCACUCCCAGCAGUCCGUGUCCAGAGGAGGAGGCGCACACCUACAUGGGCUCCUCUCUGCCCUCCAGCGGGGGCCAGACUCCAGAGAAGAUGCAGCAGUUGCGGAACAGUGACCUGUUGGACAUCUACUGCUCCCAAUGCUGCAAGAAGGUCAACCUGCUCAACGAUCUGGAGGCGCGGCUCAGGAACCUCAAGUCCUGCAGUCCAAGGAAAAUCUCCAGCCGAGCGUUCGGAAGGCAGCUGAUCCAGGCCAACCACAGCGUGUUCGGCUGCAGCCCCCACAGCAGCACCGAGGACCUGCUCCGGGACAGCAUGGACUCCUGCGACCUGGACAUCGCCCACAAGGUCAGUUUCCUGGAGAAGAAGGUCACAGAGUUGGAAGGAGACUGUUUGGCAAACGGAGACCUCAAGUCCAAGCUCAAACACCAGAACAAUCACCUGGUGCUCAGGGUACACGAGCUGGAGGAGCAGGUGAAGGACGCUGAGUCUAAAGCAGAUCAGAGUCUGGGGGACGAGUCCAAGAGGCACCGAGACGUCUACAGCAAAAUGGAACGAGAUCGAAACCACGAGAUCAGCCUCCUCUGCUCCAGGAUUCAGGAUCUGGAGGAGGAGAACGGAGACAUGAAGUUAAACGUGCGCCGACUCCGGACACAGACGGAGAAACUGGACCAGGAGAAACGUAAGAUGUCGGACAAACUUGAAGACACCAGUGUGAGGCUCAGUGACGAGAUGGAGCUGUACAGAAAGAUCAUGGACAAACUGUGGCAGAACAGACACGAGUUCCAGAAGGAGAAGGAGGCCAUGCAGGAGCUGAUCGAGGACCUGCGGCGGGAGCUGGAGCACCUGCAGAUGUUUAAACUGGAGGUGGAGCAUCCAGGACAAGGCAGGAGUCUGUCUGAACUCAGCGCCAGAACCAGAGAGACCGAGAUGGAGCAUGAGGUCAAGAGGCUCAAGCAGGAAAACUUCAAACUUCGAGACCAGAACGAUGACUUAAACGCCCAGAUCCUCAGUCUGAGUCUGUAUGAAGCCAGAAACCUCUUUUCGUCCCAGAGCAAGACCCAGUCUCUGGCUGCAGAGAUCGACAGCGCCUCCAGGGACGAGCUGGUGGACGCUCUGAAGCACCAGGAGGAGAUCAACCUGCGUCUGCGGCAGUACAUGGACAAGAUCAUCCUGUCCAUCCUGGAACACAACCCCUCCAUCCUGGAGAUCAAGACUUAG